CAGUACUAUCAUCGCUGCCGCCGUUAUCAUUAUUGUCGAGAAAAUAAAGAGUGACGAAUAAAUAACGAAUUUGCAUAAACUCGCGAACAUUUCGAAGCCGUUUUUAGAAAAGUUUCAAGCCAAAAUUAGUUAGUGAUCUUUGUUUGUUUAAGAUUUUUUACUUUUGUUUACUUUUGUUUACAAGCCAUAGCAAAACUGUACGGCUUUCACAUAUGGCGCUUGUUGUACUUAACCUUGUUAACAGCACAAAAAAACUACCGUGUUUUGCAAAAUCAUUCUCGCUACUGCGUCCUAAAUUAUUGCGCGAACCGAUCAAAAGGACAUCGCUCACUUUAGUGGAAUCAAACUUAAAAAAACACCAAAAAUUUGAAAAAAUGAAGCCCCCAGUAGCAGCUGAAAGACCUCAUAAGUAUGAAAUUCAUGGAACAGUAUUAGAAGAUGAAUAUUUUUGGAUGAGAGAUUCUAAAUGGCCUGAAGUUGAAGACAAAGAUGUUUUGGAAUAUGUCAAAGAAGAAAAUGCAUAUACAGAAGAAUUCUUUGCCCCCCAUAAAUCAUUAAAAAAUGAUAUUUUUGAAGAGCUCAAAGGACGAAUAAAGCUAGAUGAUCAAACACCUUAUGUAAAAAAAGGAGAUUAUUAUUAUUACAGUAGAACAGAGAGUGAUAAGGAAUAUUCCAUCCACUGCCGAAAACAUAAAUCUACUGAUGCUCCUGAAGAGAUAAUCCUUGAUAUCAAUGUUCUUGCAAAAGACAAAAAAUUUACAGAUGUUGAUGUUGUUAAAGUUUCUCCUGACCAUAAUUUAUUAGCCUACAGUGUUGAUUUUGCUGGACUAGAACGCUAUAAUAUUAAAGUCCUUAAUUUACAAACUAAAGAAUAUCUAGUAGAUGAAAUAAUCAAUGUAUCUGGUAACAUAAUAUGGCAUGAAAAGCUAAAUGGCUUUUUCUAUUCCCCUUUAAAUGAACAUUUACGCACUGAUACAUUAAAGUUCCAUACAUUGGGAGAGAAACAAGAAAAUGAUAAGACUUUAUUUCACAUUGAUGAUGUUUUGUACCAAUUAAGAGUCCACAAAUCAUCUAGUAAGGAGUAUGUUUUCAUCAAUGUAUCUGGACACAAUACCAAUGAAAUUCAUGUCAUUAAAAUGAGUGAUACUACUUUUAAAACAGAAUUAAUAAGGCCGAAGAAAGAAGAUAUUUUUUAUGACGUAGAGCAUAAUGAUGAUCUUUUUUAUAUUAAAACUAAUGAUCAAGCCAAGAACUUCAGAAUUGUCACAGUUGGCACUGAUAAAUUUCACAACGAUCAAUGGGAAAAUAACUAUGUUCCAGAAAUUUCAAACCAAUACCUGUGUGAUUUUGGAAUGACGAAAAAUUAUCUGAUCCUCACCUACCGUGUGAAGGGCCUACCAAUCGUCGUAGUCAAAAGUCUAGAUACCGAAAAACAGAAAGAUAUUCAAUUUAGCGAUGGGUCUUACACUGCAUCAGCAAAAUCGACCAAUUUUGAGGAGAAUGAUAUCAGAAUUAAUUAUUCGUCCCUUGCGCGGCCAAACACAACAUACACUUAUGACUACCCUAGUGGCCAGCUAAACAUUAUCAAAGUUCAAGAGAUACCGAGCGGGCACGAUCCCAAAGAAUACACAGUUGAACGGAUAUACGCCAGCACUGACGGUGUAGAAGUUCCCAUUACUGUACUUUACAAAACUUCACUCUUUGAGGGCCCAAAGAAUCCACUUUGCAUGUACGGCUACGGUUCCUACGGGCACGCCUAUCCGGUAAAUUUCAAAAAUCAAGCAAUAUCGUUGGUAAAUCGCGGCUUUGUCUACGCGAUCGCCCACAUCCGUGGCGGUGACGAUCUCGGUCACGACUGGUACGAAGAGGCAAAGUUCUUAAAGAAAAAGCGUACUUUCGAGGACUUUAUCGCCUGUGCCGAGACUCUGUGCGCCAAGGGCUACACGACCAAGGGCAACAUCGUGUGCGGGGGCGGAAGCGCCGGGGGAUUGUUGAUCGGUGCUGUCAUUAACAGCAAACCGGAACUUUUCAAAGCUGCGCUUCUCCAUGUGCCCUUCGUAGACGUGCUCAACACUAUGCUGGACGAGACGCUGCCCUUAACACCCGGUGAAUUUAAGGAGUGGGGAAAUCCGAAGGAGUUGGAUUACUUCAAUUACAUCAAGUCUUACUCGCCGUAUGACAAUAUCAAGGCUCAGAAGUACCCACACAUCUUUACCACUGCUGGUCUGUCGGAUCCUCGAGUCGGCUACUGGGAGGCUGCCAAGUGGGUCGCCAGGUUGAGAAAAAUCAAGACCGACGACAACGUAUUAAUCAUGAAGACGAACAUGGAUUCCGGACACAUGGGCUCCUCUGGAAGGUACGAUUACUUAAAGGAGAUUGCCGAUGACAUCGUUUUCAUACUCAAGGUUUUCAACAUGAUUCCUCAAGUCUAAGGGUAUUAAAAAAAAUGAAAAGUAUUUAAAUAUUUUUAAUUUUGUGAAUUGUUUUACUUGUCUUGCAAUGAAUUUGUCUUAGGAAUAAAAAAGAUUAUCCGUUUUCAAU